AGAUGGGGUGGAAGAUGGAGGGAUCAGAUGACAGUUACCCCAGCGUGUGGUGGUUGUGGGGUAGGGGAGUCCCCUCCGAGCAGCCAGGGUCAGGCCGUGUUGCAGUGUUGCCAGUUUUCACAGAUGGAUCGCAAGUCACAGGAUUUGGGCACCUGCAGCAGGAACCACCGCAAUGGUGCAAGAGGCUGGAUCUCACAAAUGUCAGGGCUGGGUACACGGGCAGAGCUGUGCAGGAGCCUUGGGGCUGAGGACGCAGACCAGCCCUGCCUUCAUGUAUGGUCCUGGAGCAGAGAGAGGGUCCCAGGGCAGCAAGAGGCAGGGGAAGUUGAGAACAUGGUGAGACUCUCUCCUGCCGGUGGGUUCUCUUACCUGCAGACCCCCAUGCCUGUGCAGCAGAGGAAAGUGAAGGGCACUCCAUCUGACAUAAAUGUCAUCUACGAGUCCAAGGAUGAAGGGAAAGCCAACGCGCAGGCCGGGCCAGCUGCUGUCAUUGCAGUCUCUCCCAGUGCAUCUCCAUGGCGGCUCUCUGCCAUCAUCCUUGGGCCCAUCUGCCUGAUCUUGCUGAUUCUGGUGAUCAUGAUGGCUCAACAGGUUUACCAGCUGUCCCAGAAAUCAGAGCAACAGCUGGAGGUCAUUGACUUGGAAAACAUAAUCCUCUCGGACACUCUGCAGCAGCUGACAACUGGCAAGGAGGACAACUGCAGCAUGUGUGAGGUGGACUGGGACCAGCAGGCAGCCAGCUGUUACUCCUUUUCUACAUCCGCGAAAUCCUGGCAUAACAGCUUAGAUGCAUGUACUGCAAUAUCAGCCAGUCUGGUGAAGAUAGACACGAAGAAGGAGCUGGAGUUCUUGAAACAUGAGAUCUCCAAGCGUGUGUACGUGCGCCAGGGACAGCAAUUCCACUUCAGUUUCUGGACAGGGCUGAACUACGACAACGACAUCGGGAACUGGACGUGGGCUGACGGAUCCCCUUUCUCCUUCCAGCUGUUCCAGGUCCCAGGAGCUGAAGGCUGCGCGUACAUGCAGAAGGGGGACAUCCGCACGCAGAGCUGCGCCAAAUGGGAGGUUUAUAUCUGCGAGAAGCCAGCCAAGUUUGGGGGGAACUGAGGAGCAGGGCAGGAGCAGCAGAAGGAGUGGCCUCAGGGCCUCUGCAGAUCUUCCCCACCCUGGCACCAUGUGGGUGUCACGCUCAGCCUGUUCAUCACAACCGCACUGAGCCCAGUGGGGACACGUGGCCAGGAGCCUGCUGCCAAGUUCUCCCCAUUAUCGUUAGUUAAAGGUGUGUUGACAACAGUUGAUCAGUUAUUGACUGUGUUUGAGGCAGUAAAUAAAAUGCUGGUUUUAA